CUUUGCUCUCAGAUUACUGCUCUCAAUGCCUGUCUCCUGCGUUCAUAUGAAGUAGAUGAGUUGAUCAAUGGCCACGAGGAACGCUAUCGAAGUGGUGAUAGUAGUCGUUCCCGCUUUCGAAUCGGCACUGCGCUAAGUGGGCCAGCUCCCACUAGUUUAACCGGAUCUUCCUCAGGGGUCACCAGUGGUGGACCUGGAAGUGGGAGUGGGCCGGCUGGAGAUGUCAGUAAGGCUGGAAGUGGUUUGCUUGGGGCCACUGGAGGCACCGGGAGCUCCGGAGGGGGGCCUCCUUCUGGUGGCUGUGGAUCCCAAGCUAGCCUGGCUUCACUGGGGGGUGUUUCAUCAGCUUCGGGCACUGCUGGAGGGGCAGGUUCUUAG